CCUCUGCGGCUGCUGCAGGUGCAAACAUGGCGAUGAAGGCGCUCAGAGGGAUGGUGAACGGAGCCAUGAGCGAGCUCACCUCCGCGGUCAGCGGGACCAGACCCGCGGCUCCCCCGGUCGCCCCCACCGCCACCCGGGAGCAGGUGAUGGCCGUGAGCCGGGAUUACAUCUCCCAACCCCGCCUCACCUAUAAAACCGUGUCUGGAGUCAACGGUCCACUGGUGAUCCUGGAUCAGGUGAAGUUCCCGCGGUACGCAGAGAUCGUCCACCUCACGCUGCCCGAUGGGACGAAGAGGAGUGGACAGGUGCUGGAGGUCACCGGCUCCAAAGCCGUGGUGCAGGUGUUUGAGGGAACUUCAGGUAUCGACGCUAAGAAGACAAGCUGUGAGUUCACAGGGGACAUUUUACGGACCCCUGUCUCUGAGGACAUGUUGGGUCGUGUGUUUAAUGGAUCUGGUAAACCCAUCGACAGAGGACCAGCAGUCCUGGCUGAAGACUACCUGGACAUCAUGGGUCAGCCCAUUAACCCUCAGUGUCGUAUUUACCCCGAGGAGAUGAUCCAGACGGGAAUAUCAGCCAUCGACGGCAUGAACAGCAUCGCCAGAGGACAGAAGAUACCCAUCUUCUCUGCUGCAGGACUGCCGCACAACGAGAUCGCAGCUCAGAUCUGUCGUCAGGCCGGUUUGGUGAAUAAGUCGAAGGAUGUGAUGGACUACAGCGAGGACAACUUCGCCAUCGUGUUUGCAGCCAUGGGGGUGAACAUGGAGACAGCUCGCUUCUUUAAGUCUGACUUUGAGGAGAACGGCUCGAUGGACAACGUCUGCUUGUUCCUGAACCUCGCCAACGACCCCACCAUCGAGCGAAUCAUCACGCCCCGUUUAGCUCUGACAUCAGCAGAGUACCUGGCCUAUCAGUGCGAGAAACACGUCCUGGUCAUCCUCACCGACAUGAGCUCCUACGCCGAGGCCCUGCGAGAGGUGUCUGCAGCCAGAGAGGAAGUGCCCGGACGCCGCGGUUUCCCCGGUUACAUGUACACCGACCUGGCGACCAUCUAUGAGAGAGCGGGACGGGUGGAGGGACGGAGCGGCUCCAUCACUCAGAUCCCCAUCCUCACCAUGCCCAACGACGACAUCACUCAUCCCAUUCCUGACCUGACGGGCUACAUCACCGAGGGGCAGAUCUACGUGGACCGACAGCUUCACAACAGACAGAUCUAUCCUCCUAUCAACGUGCUGCCGUCUCUCUCUCGUCUGAUGAAGUCGGCCAUCGGAGAGGGAAUGACCCGCAGGGACCACUCUGACGUCUCCAAUCAGCUCUAUGCGUGCUACGCCAUCGGGAAGGACGUGCAGGCGAUGAAGGCGGUGGUCGGGGAGGAGGCGCUGACGUCUGAUGACCUGCUCUACCUGGAGUUCCUCACCAAGUUUGAGAAGAACUUCAUCUCCCAAGGUGCCUACGAGAACAGGAGCGUGUUCGAGACGCUGGACAUCGGCUGGCAGCUGCUGAGGAUCUUCCCCAAAGAGAUGCUGAAGAGGAUCCCUCAGAGCACGCUGGCCGAGUUUUACCCCCGAGAGGCCAAACGUUAAACCCCGGCACGCUCGUCUAUGUCUGCGCCACACCGCCGCUUCCAUCAGUGAACCCUCACUGCGUACGUACAGUGACGUGACGUGAUGCCGUGACCGUUGACUAACUCGUGACUCUCAUGUGGCCUUGAACGCACCAUUCCUGCUUUAGAAUCAGAAAGAAGGUGAAGUUUGAACAUGUUUACAGUACGGAUGAUUUUGGCUGAUUAUUCCUGUUUUAUUACCAAAUGAUACAACAUUUAACCCCAAUCUAAAGAAAACAGUCCACUGGACUUUCAGAAGAGCAAAACAUAUCAAAGACAUGAUUAUCAUUUAUCCCUAAAUGGUCUGCAAACGCACAAAAAAACUACUUAGUGGAAAAAAUAGCAACACUAAAGGACCAGAACAUGUUCUUAUGUUUUCUCUUCUCCCCACACUUCCUGUAGAAAUGGCGCCUUGGUGACGUUUCUGACCACUAGUUGCACUAUACAGGUAUAUUUCACUGAGCUGGCUACACUCUAGUCCAGUGGUUCUCAACCUUGGGGUGGAGAACCCCUUGGGGGUCGCGAGACGCUGAUAAGGGGUCACCAGAUUCCCUAAAAAAAAAAACUAGAAUAUUUUUAAAUUACACUGUUGCCACUUUACACCAAUUUUUAACCUUUUUUUUUUUUGCCUAUUUUCUUUUUCUCAGUUAACACUUUUUGCCAGUCUUUAUCAAGUUUUCAAUUCCAUUUUUUUUCCACCAAAUUUCCACCUUUUUUGCCAAUUUAAAUCAAUUUCAGCCACUUUUGAAUUCCCCUUUUCCACCAUUUAUGCCCAUUUUU